AAAACUGACUUUUAAUUUCGUCAGCUUUUAACAUGUUUUGCGUGACGCUAAAUUUUUUUAGACUUUAGUUAAAUACAAAAUCUGCAAUGAAUAUAGCCUUCGGCCUUGAAGUUGCAGGCUCAGGCAAUCAAAUUACAACAAAUGCUUCCUUGAACCAAUGACUUCCUUGUUGUAUAGAAAACUAAUGAACACUCGAAUUUAUUGUAAUAACUUGAAUAAAGAUCCUGUUGACAGUUCGAAGACUAGAUUUACCUUUAACGAAUUUUAAACGGCUAAAACAGACCAGCAGCUUGGAAUUUAUGUUGCCUGCUUAAAACAGUGUGGCAGCCCUUAAGUUGGUCAAACAAUAUAAAAAGAAUUGAAAGAAGCAGUUAUCAUUGCAGAUUCCCAUGAUCGUUGUUGUGUUUGGAAGUGUUGAGAUAGCACCACAUAGCACCGCUCCGCGCCACCUGCCGCCUUGACCGCGGCAGCGAGUCAUGCUAGUCCGGUAGUCAUGUAAAAACACUAACCGCACACGCAAUAUUUGAUAAUAGAUAAUUCAUAAUGCCUAUAUUAUGACAAUUCAAUACAUCUCAAAAAAUUAAAAGCAUAGCUUGUAGUAAUCAUGUAGUGAAAAAAUGGUCAAUGCAACGAAUAUUAUCUUAGGGGCAUGAUGUGUUACACUUACGCAUUAUGAUGUGUACUCGCUUAUUUGUGAAUAACUUUAAAUUGGAAAUUUCCUUGAUAGUUCAGAGUACGAUUUUAGUCUUUGUGAAUAAGAAAAAAUGACAGGAACAUAUUAUUGUUGUGAUGAUAAUACAUGUUGUGAAUUUGUCAAUCUUUAUAUUAACUGAAAAAGUAUCCUUGCUUCGUAAAACAUUAAUUAUACGAGUAGCUGCGAACGUGUACCGUAGAAAGCUGGUGUACGGCUAUAAAUCCACUUCUCGACACCACAACCUCCAUUGUCUUGCCAGUCGUCAUCGCGGCUUCAUACCUUAAAACAUCGUUUCAUAACAGUCUUUUGUUUUCAAUAUUGUAUGAAAUUGAAAUAUAUUUUAUUACUUUUUUAAUUUUGCUAGUGCAUCAGUGUGAGUGUUUAUAAAGUGCGCAAUGGAAAUGGACAGUAAACAAUUUCGGGAGUUCGGGAAAGCUGCCAUUGAUAUAUUGGCGGACUACUACGAUCACAUACGGGAUAGAAAUGUACUGCCAUCCGUAGAACCGGGACAAUUGAUAAGACAAAUGUCAGAAGAUGCACCCGAACAACCCUGCGAAUGGCAAGACGUUUUAAAAGACUUCACUGAAAAAAUUUUGCCUGGCACAACUCACUGGCAUCAUCCUCAAUUUCAUGCGUAUUAUCCAACUGGAAUCUCGUACGCCAGUAUUGUGGGCAACUUACUUAGUGAUGGCCUUGGAGUUGUUGGCUUCACCUGGAUUGCAAGUCCUGCUUGUACUGAACUAGAAGUGGUUACAAUGAAUUGGCUUGGCAAGUUACUUGGUCUACCUGAAGAAUUUCUUAAUUGCUCCUCAGGACCUGGAGGAGGAAUUAUUCAGGGUUCUGCCAGCGAGUCUACACUCGUCGGACUUCUUGCUGCUAAAGAUAAAAUGAUCCGAAGACUCACCAAAGAGAACCCCGGUCUUGACCCCGAUGACAUACAUAAGAAGCUAAUUGCUUACACUUCAGACCAAUGUAAUUCUUCAGUAGAAAAAGCUGGAGUACUCGGUUCAAUGAAAAUGCGCUUAUUAAAAUCUGAUGCUUUCGGUAAAUUACGUGGAGAUACACUAAAGAAAGCCUUCGAAGACGACGUAGCCGAGGGACUCAUACCCUGCUACGUUGUUGCAAAUUUAGGAACAACAGGAACUUGCUCAUUUGAUCCUCUUUAUGAACUUGGACCUAUAUGUAAAGAAAACAACGUAUGGUUACAUGUAGAUGCUGCGUAUGCUGGUAGUGCUUUCAUAUGUCCGGAAUACAGAGGUUUUAUGAAAGGUGUAGAAUACGCCGACUCUUUUGAUAUAAACGCACACAAAUGGUUACUCGUAAAUUUCGAUUGCUCUGCAAUGUGGGUACGAGAUGGAUACGACUUGAUCAAUGCAUUCGAUGUUCAAAGAAUUUACUUAGAUGAUGUCAAAACUAGUUUGAAAAUACCAGACUACAGGCAUUGGCAGAUGCCGUUAGGCCGCCGAUUUAGAUCACUAAAGUUGUGGUCGGUGAUGAAAACUUACGGUGCAGAAGGCUUGAGAAGACAUAUCAGAAAUCAUAUUAGUCUCGCACAACAUUUUGCGAAGCUAGUGAAAUCAGAUGAAAGAUUUAUUGUUGAGCCAGAACCAAUAAUGGGAUUGGUGUGUUUUAGGCUUAAAGAUGGGGACAAUUUAACGAGAAAAAUGUUAGAAAAUCUGACUGCUAAGAAAAAAGUUUUUAUGGUGGCAGCGAGUUAUCGUGGCCGCUACAUAAUACGUUGGGUGAUCUGUUCGCUCUUCACAACGAAAGACGAUGUUGAAAUCAGCUGGAUGAAUAUUAAGCAGGAGGCAGAUAUCGUUUGUUUAAAUAAUAAAUGCGUCAAAUCCAAAAUAUCAAACAUUGAAAGCAUAGAAAGCGUAAGCAUCUCUGAAGAAAAAUCGAAAUAAACUUUACUCUUAUUGAUUUACUUUGAGUUUAUUCUUUGGUGCAUAAUAAAAAAAAAACACUUCAACUAUUGCUAGAAGGUGAUAUUAAAUUUUUCUUUCGUCAUUUAAUUGGUCAAAAUUUCAAACAAUUUGAGGUUGAAUGAAAUGCUUUUAACUUUUAAGUGCUUCGGUAUGAUAAUUUAAGUAGUCGUAGGAAAAUGGUACAAUGUUAAAGUUUAAGAAAAUAGGUAAUAAAGUGCAACACAAUU